AUGUUUAAUUUAUUAUUAAUUUUAAUUUUUUUACCUCUUUUCGGUAUUUUUUUUUUAUUUUUUAUGAAUAAUGAAAAAAAUAUCAAAAAUUUUAGUGUGUUUUAUUCUUUUUUAAUAUUUAUAAUUUCUUUAUUUUUAUGGAUAUUAUUUGAUAAAACAGCAUCAGAAUUUCAAUUUAGUUUUACUUAUAAUUGGUUAACUAAUUAUAAUAUGUAUUUUAGUAUAGGUAUAGAUGGUAUUUCUUUAUUUUUUAUAAUAGCAACUACUUUUUUAAUUCCUAUUUGUUUUUUAACUAGUUAUGAAAUUAUUCAAAAAAAUAUAAAAGAUUUUUGUAUCUUAUUUUUUUUUUUAGAAUUUUUUUUAUUAAUAACUUUUAGUACUUUAGAUUUAAUUAUUUUUUAUAUUUUUUUUGAAAGUGUUUUAAUACCUAUGUUUUUAAUUAUAGGUAUUUGGGGUUCUCGUGAAAGAAAAAUUAAAGCUUCUUAUUAUUUAUUUAUAUAUACAUUAACUGGUUCAUUAUUUAUGUUUAUUGCUAUAAUACAUAUAUAUAUUACUACAGGUACAACUUUAUAUAUUUUAUUAUAUAAUUAUAAUUUUGAUCUUUUUUAUCAAAAAUUAUAUUGGUUAGCUUUCUUUUUUUCUUUUGCAGUAAAAGUACCUAUGUUACCUUUUCAUAUUUGGUUACCUGAAGCACACGUAGAAGCUCCAACUGCAGGUUCAGUUAUCUUAGCUGGUAUUUUAUUAAAAUUAGGUUCUUAUGGUUUAAUUAGAUUUUCUUUACCAUUAUUCCCUAAAGCUACUGUAUUUUUUACACCUUUAGUAUUAGUUUUAUGUAUUAUUUCUAUAAUAUAUGCAUCAAUUACUGCUAUACGUCAAACAGAUUUAAAACGUAUUAUUGCUUAUGCAUCUGUUGCACAUAUGAAUAUGAUUUUAGUAGGAUUAUUUUCAUUAACAAUUGAAGGUAUUGAAGGUAGUUUAUUACAAAUGUUAAGUCACAGUAUUGUUGCUAGUGCUUUAUUUUUAUGUAUAGGUGUUUUAUACGAUAGAUAUCAUUCAAGAUAUUUAAGUUAUUAUAGUGGUUUAGCACAUACUAUGCCUAUAUAUUCUAUUUUCUUUUUAUUUUAUAUUUUCGCAAAUAUAUCAAUUCCUGGUACAAGUAGUUUUGUAGGUGAAUUAUUAAUUUUAGCUGGUAUUUUUCAAGAAAAUACUAUAGUAGCUUUUUUAUCAGGUACUAGUAUGGUUUUAGGUGGAGCUUAUUCAUUAUUAUUAUAUAAUCGUGUUUGCUAUGGUAAUAUUCAAAGUAAUUUUUUAAAUAUUUUUUAUGAUAUAAGUUAUAGAGAAUUUUUAAUUCAUAUUAUAUUAAUUUUUAUUACAUUAGUUAUGGGACUUUAUCCUAAAAUAUUUUUAAGUUGUAUGCAUGAAACUAUAUAUCAAUUAGUUUCUCAUAUGGAAAUUUCUAUAUAUUAUUUAUAA